AUGAAGGAGGAGGGGGUAAAGGAGGGGACAAAGGAGGAGGGAGUAAAGGAGGGGACGACGGAGGAGGGAGUAAAGGAGGGGACGAAGGAGGAGAAAGUAAAGGAGACGAGGGAGGAGGGGGUAAAGGAGGGGACAACGGAGGAGGGGGUAAAGGAGGGGAUGAUGGAGGAGGGAGUAAAGGAGGGGGACGACGGAGGAGGAAGUAAAGGUGACGACGGAGGAGGGAGUAAAGGAGGGGACGAAGGAGGAGGGAGUAAAGGAGGGGACGACGGAGGAGGGAGUAAAGGAGGGGACGACGGAGGAGGGGGUAAAGGAGGGGAUGAAGGAGGAGGGAGUAAAGGAGGGGAUGAAGGAGGAGGGGGUAAAGGAGGGGAUGAAGGAGGAGGGAGUAAAGGAGGGGACGAAGGAGGAGGGAGUAAAGGAGGGGAUGUAGGAGGAGGGAGUAAAGAAGAGGACAAAGGAGGAGGGAGUAAAGGAGGGGAAUAA